CGGUUUUCCAGCGACCCGGAGUCUGGUAGAGACUAUUGUUUACUGUUGAGAGAUUUGUGUCAUUGGACCAUGACUGGAUAAUGAGACGUCCAUAAUGAUGCGCUAGAUGGAACGACAGUCGUGCAGUAGUUAGACAUCGCAGCAUCACUAUGGCAACACGUUCAGCUGUCCGCUCAUCACUCGUGGCUGUGAGUGUGCUUCUCAUGACCAUUCUCAAUUUAAGUGUUCAAAACAACGUUCAACCCGUAACUCCGGUGGCCGAAAUAGGCUCCUCUUCGUUCACCUUCAACUGCACCGUGAACCGAACGGACCUCACGGCGAACGACACUGUCUGGAAGCACUACAGCGAGGAGCUUCCGCAGAAAUGGUACAAGAUCGUUGACGCUACCCUGAUCCAGCUGGUCAUCCCCAACAUCACGGAGAGCUCGCGGGGAAUCUACGAGUGUCGCUCACGUUUGGACAACCGGCACCUAAUUGGGGGGGAGAUUCUUGAAGUCGGUUAUCCUCCCGAUCAGCCCACGUUCGAGCGCUGUCUGUCGGACAAUCUCGGACCCUUCACGUGUUGGUGGAACCGCGGGCGCGACCCGAUACUCAAAACAACGUACAACCUGACUUACACCUUCAAUGACGGUAGUGGGCUACCAUACACCUGUCCCGACCUUGAGGUUUUAGAAGAUUCCAGUUCCCUAGCAUGCCACUGGGGAUACACUAGUGCUGGGCUUGAACACAGGUUCAUGCUUACAGCCCAAAACGCCCUGGGCUCACAGAAGACAUGGCCACCAACAUACGUCAAUCCCAGCCAUUUUGGUAAAAGUAAUGAACAAAAAAGAUCAGAGAAAGGACCAAUGAUUUUCACAAAAAGGAAAUAUGCAUGCAUUCUGAAAUCAGCACUAGAACACCAGUAAUUGUUUACAUCAAAAUGUCAAUUGUUUUACAUUCGAUCACAUCACUGAAAUGAGAAAAAGGUUCAAAGUUUUGAUUAUCAGAUCAAAAAUCCAGAAUCAGAUGUUGCUUGUCUCUCCUUUGUUUCAUGUUGUUUUUGUUACCCUGGUGGAACAAAUUUGUGUCUCUCUACAUGUAUAUGUCCUUCUGUCUGGUAUCGUGUUGGCUUUAUGUUUGUCAAAAUUCAUCAUUGAAUUUUAAUGUGACUUAAGCUGCUUGCCUUGGGGAUUUAGUUAUUUCCCAAAUGCUGCAUGCUUGGAGGAUAAUUUCUGACCACGUUUUUUGGCUCCACAGUGUAGAUAAGGAAUACAGAACUGUGAACGAAUGCGAACUUACAUCGAUGAACGGGGAAACAGUGGCUUUCUUCUGCACAGACACAACAGCUGCUGAUCUUUUACACAAGUUUGUAAUGGAGGCCGAAAAUAACCUGGGCACUGUAACGUCCGACCCUGUAAUCCUUGAUCCAGGACAUUAUGGUAUCACACUUCAGUUUGUGUAGAGGUGGUCAUGGUAUCACACUUCAGUUUGUGUGGAGGUGGCCAUGGCAACAGCAGCAGACAUAUAUGGCCACUAGAGUGCAUUUUUUUUCUAACAGAGUCGAUCCAGUAACUAAUUCCUCUGCAUCUUCUUCUCCCACAUAUACUUCCUUCCUUCUU